AAGCUGGACUGUGGGGAAGGGAUGUUGCAUACUUGUGAUAGGUGGAGAAAGGGGAAAAAGAGCGAGAGGUGGAUGGGAUGGAAUCUUUGUUGAGAAUUAGUUGAUGAAGAGUUGGGUAAUCCCAGGAGCUAAAGGAUAAACAACUAUGACAGGUGUAGUUGUGAAGUAGAGCAUGCUUAGUCUUGAGACUGAGCUAGAUAAGUGUGGUAGGUGGGAUCGUCAACAGAGGAGACCUCGGAAGCCUAGAUCACCAUAUGCAUCAGUACAAUGAGGACCUCCUCACUCUCCCCCCCCCCCAACAAUUUUGUGAUUUUGUCAUAAUAGCACAUAUAGUCAUCUGAGAUUUUAAUAAUAAGGCUGAUGUCUGGACGAACUAACCAGAAAUCCAAUUUAAAUCCUAACUUAACAGCGAUAACAUUUUUAAACUCAAAUAUCCGGAAGUUGUGAAGAUAAUUGAUCUUUUUUCUAGUCCAUUUCACUAAAUAUUGUGAAGAUAAGAUACUUUGCUGAGGUCUGGGUUUUUAAUGGUGUACUGUACCAAAAUUGUGGCUUAUCAAGUAACUCUGCCGACUUGACCAUGCUAUGUGUGUAUUGGAAAACGUUUGACGUGCUGCCUUUUCAUUUCUGGUGUCCUGUUGAUACCACCUGUUACCUGAAGUUACUCUAAAGGACUCCUUUGUACAAUGGCGGAAGCAGUAUUUCAAGCACCAAAAAGAAAGAGAAGAGUGUACGAGUCUUAUGAAGCGCCUUUUCCCUUGUUAACUGAAGAAGGCACCAUUUCAAAUGAGCAAGAACAUCAUUAUGCUGAAAUGAUAAAUAACAAUGUAAUUGUGAGAAAGCCAGAGAGCAUACAGACCCUGUAUGGAAAGGGUUAUUUUGGAAAAGGGGUGCUCUCAAGAAGCAGACCAGAUUACAAUAUUUCAGAACCUGCCUUACUUGCCAAAUGGAAAGAUGCCAAUUCUCUGCACCUGCCUAUAAUAUCAGCAACAAAGUUUCAGCAUCAUGUAGACUGGGCUAGAAGCCUCCUGCAAGCACAAGGGUUGGAGGACAGUUUAAUUGAGAAGAUGCUUGAAAAUUACAUAAAAUCAAUUGACUUGUCUUGUAAUGAAAGAAACAGUAAAUCCAGUGAUUGUUCGCAGGACCCUACAACUGAAACUGACUACGUUGAGAAGCCCAGAGGAACAGAAAAUGGAGUAAAUCAUCCUGAAAUAUGCCGUCAAAAUAAGGAACAUUGUUUGGAAGGGGAUGCUCCUUGUGAUUCUUUAGCAGAUAUUGACAGUGAAGCUGUUGACAGGGAAGAUCUAGUAAAUACCCAUUGUCCCAGACAUGGUGAUUUCAUCAUUCACUGUGGCUGCCAUUAUAAAGAUAUUACGAAAGAAACUCACCAAGAUGAUUCAAUUCAAGAUGACAAGUUUUCUACAGAACAUGAAUAUGUACUAGUGGUAGAAAAGACUCAAGGAUUGAAUAGUGAGAUGACAGAAAGGUUGGUCUGCAAGAGGAACCCCUUCAAGGUUAUUGAGUAUCUUCAGCUCAGUUUGGAAGAGGCUUUUUUCCUUGUUUAUGCCUUGGGAUGUUUAACUGUUUAUCACAAUGAGGAGCCUCUGACUAUUGUAAAAUUAUGGGAAAUAUUUAGUGCAAUUCAGCCUGGCUUCAAGACUAAUUACAUGGGCUAUCAUUACUUUCGAAGUAAAGGCUGGGUGCCAAAAACUGGAUUGAAGUAUGGGACAGACCUUUUGUUGUAUCGAAAAGGACCUCCAUUUUAUCAUGCAAGUUAUUCAGUAGUGGUUGAAAUGGUUGAUGACAGUUGUCAGGGCUCUCAACGCCGGCCUUUUACCUGGAGGUCACUUGCCGGGUUGGUUCGAACAACUACAAAUGUCUCUAAGGAACUUCUGUUAUGCUACUUGAUUAAGCCAUCAAAUAUGACUGAGGAAGAAAUGACAUCACCAGAAUGUAUGAAGAAAAUUAAAGUUCAGGAAUUGAUUGUAAAUCGCUGGAUUUCUUCCCGAGAACGCACUGAUCAGGAGGAGUUGUAGUUUUUUGCAUGUUGGGAUCAAAUAAAUUUAUUUGGAACCAUGGCAAGAACAAUUCAAAAAAAAAAGCAAUAAAAUUUGGAACAAGAUUGUUUUUUUAAAGCUGUGAUUUCAUUUGUAAAUGCUGUGCAACUUUGCUAUCCAGGAUCCCAGGAAUGUGAUGGUAUUAGGCUAGUAGAUCUUUUGGAUUACUCAGACUCUUUAUUAUCUCAACGCAUAUAAUUUGUUUUUUUUAUAUGCAUGCUACGCAAUAAUAUAUUUUCCAUUGAACCCAGGGAGUUUAAAGGGAGCAAGAUGUUGAACCCCAGUAAAGUUUAGUUUGUUCUCAACCUGAAUCUUGCUUCAACCACACAUCCAGGCACUACAGUUCGCAAUCUUGCAAAUUGUGAGUAGUGAGUCCAGGGAUUGCAAGAAUUUUGUGCAGUAAUAAGUGAGCUGAAAGACAAAUGGUCUCAUAACAGAUUGAGUUUUAUUAAAUUUGCAAUACUUCAUUUGUAAUGUAAAAAUAUGCUAACUUAAGAUGUGUUUAAAACUUUUUUAAAUCAGAAGACGAAUUAAGGUAAAAUGAAAGUGCGAACAUCAAUGAAAGAUUUGCAUUUGAAAUGUGACUUCAUCUUCUAAAUACUGAUCACAUUAUUUCCUGUACUGAUCUUUGCUAUUUUUAAACUCUUUGUACAUUUGAACAAGUCAAAUAUUGUUAAGUCUAGGAAAAUGAUUGAUUGAAACUAAUUCUUUCUGAGAAAUUGGCGAAUAAACAUAACAUGAAGCCACUGCAAAAAUCACCAAAUUAACUACACUGCAGCACUGAGACUUCAUUCACACCGGUACAUUACAUUAUAAUUGCAACUGUUAACUUAUACUCACAGAUUAGAGUUUAUACAUCACAUUUAUUUUUCAUGAUUAAUCCCUUCGUUCCACACUGCCGCGCAGCCACAAUUACACUGGUUUCCUCUUUUUACUCGAACACUCAAUGGAAACUUUUUGAAAGCUGAUCUGUCUGUCGUGAGCUAUGUGAAAGACAGCCCUUGUGACUGAGGCAGGUCAAAUUCUGAUUUUAAAUCUGUUUAAAUAUUUACAAAGCAAUUGGAAAAAUCCUAAUCUGAAAGACUGUUAUAUUAGUAUUAUUACUUAACCAGACUAAAAUAUAAUUUUGCUUCAGGUAUCCUUUUAGCAUCUAUCCUUAAAUUACACAAGAACUGGGUAGAUUUGUCAUACUAAGGACGUAGAAUAAUUCUUUACAAAAUUAAAAUAAAACAAUUCUUUACAUAAGGACAGAAUAGAUUUAGCUUUUAAAUUCCUCUCUGUGAAGGAUAUUUUCCUAUGAACCUAGGAGUUGUGAUUAAAACAAAGAUCGAUUGAUUGGCGAUAGGGUUUUUUGUCAUUUAGAAAUGAAUGUUAAUCAUUCUUGCAAAUUGGAUUGCUGCAAUAUUUUAGUUAUUUGGCAAAUGGAGAUGUAUCAUAGUUAUUUGGAGAUGUAUUUCUCCAAAACCCAGGAAAUCAUUCACUCAAAUUACUGAAGAAUAAUGGUUUAUUUUAAUCGUGGAUUUGUUUUUGAAUUUCACAGUUGGCCUUCAUUGCCAGCAGUCCAUUUCUUCAGGGGUCCUCUCAUUUGGUUCCACAUGAGUUUUCCAAUCUUGCUUCCCAAAAUUAUGGCUGUGUGCCUCAGAGUAAAAUGAAGGCGUGAUUUUAUGGCCUUUGUAUCUCAAUCCCUGAGUCCAUGGACUCCCAGAGUGCUUGUACCAGAUGGUGAAUGUUCUGUUUCUUUCUGUAAAUCAUGGUCAAAGCUACCACGUUUGAAGUAGAAGAAAACGUAAUAUUCACAGCGAAUCAGCCACUCAUUCAAAUAGGAUGCAUCCUUUAGUUAGCUGAGAAAGAUGUUGCACUAUUAACAAUACAGGUCAGAUGCCAAAGCACUGUAGAUUGUAACUGAUACACUGCAAUCAAUUAUUUUAUAAUGGUAGGAUAAAUCUUAGAAGUGCAUGUCAGUCACUUUAAUGUUGGUACAGGUACCCCCCCCCCCCUUUACAAAGGUAGAGUGUUCCUAUGAAACCUUUCUUAAGCCGAAAUGGCGUAAAGUGAAGAACCA